AUGCCAACGGAAUUGGAAGAGCUCGUGGGCUUCAUCGCUCAUCCCAACCCUCAACUCAGAAAAGUGGCCAUAGAGAACCUGGUCGGCUACUCUCAGGCGGACCCUUCAAUCUUCAAGUCGGAGAAUCUUACACCAGUCAAGCAUCUCAAAUUUCUAGUCAGAGAUCAUCCCCAAAUCGCCGAACAUGCUCUCACAAUCCUCAUCAACCUUACUUCUGAGAAGGAUGUUCUUGAGAACGUUGCGACAGAUCAGAGGUUCAUUGAUAUUCUCUUGGACUUGAUUGUGAAACCCGAUGAGCCGAACGCCAACUCGAUGGCUAUGCUACUUGCCAACCUGGCAAAGUGGGAUGGUCUCAACAGCAUCGUCUCAAAGAAGCAAACGCCGCCCGCAGAACUCAAGUCCAACGACCUGGUUCUCAACCAGCUUGUCGAUCUCUUCGUCAAGGAGAAGGGCGCCUACAACAAGGAUGCCAACUAUGACUACCUCGCCUACCUCUUCGCCGAUCUCACCAAGCACGCCGAGGUGCGCCAGCACUUCGUAACGAGGCAGGACUACGACGAUGUCAUCCCCAUCACCAAGCUCAAGGUCUUUACCGAGCACUCGUCCGAGAUCCGCAGAAAGGGAGUCGCGAGCACCAUCAAGAACGUCGCCUUCGAGAUCCAGUUCCACUCAACGUUCAUGGACGAGGACGAGGUCGAUAUUCUGCCGUAUAUUCUUCUUCCAAUCACGGGCAGCGAGGAGUACGACGAAGACGACACCAUGGGCAUGCUUCCUGACCUGCAGCUGCUGCCGCCCGACAAGAAGCGUGACUCGGACCCGAAGAUCAUCCAGACUCACAUUGAAACGCUGCUUCUCUUCACAACGACUAGGGAAGGCCGCGAUCUAUUGAGACGGGUCAAGGUCUACCCCAUCAUUCGAGAGACGCACGCGCGGGUCAACGACGAGGGCGUCAAGGACGCCUGCGACCGGCUGGUGCAGGUCCUCAUGAGAGACGAGGAGCCGGCCGAAGGCGAGGAGCAGCCGAAGCUCAAGGAGCUGACCAACGGCUCAACGGUCGAGGAGCUCGAUGACGACGACGAGGAGAUCGUGGAGGUCUAG